AUGUCUGAGUUGCUUGAAAGAGUCAAAAAGGAAAAUGUCAUGUUAAAUGUAGAACUUUCACAGUAUAAACUUGUCAGUACUAAUAUUGGUUCUAGCAGUUCCUCUGAUGAUUCCAUGAGACACAAAUUAGAUGAGAAAUUUGGGAGAUUUAUUGAUAUGCUCAAACAACUUCACCUUUCUCUACCCUUCACCGAUGUGAUCAACCAACUGCCCAAUUAUUCCAAAUUCCUCAAAGACAUUUUGAGUGGGAAAAGGACUUGUGAUGUUGUGGAGACUAUCAACUUGACCGAGAAUUGUAGUGCAAUCAUCAUGAACAAAAUGCCACCCAACUUAAAAGACCCCGGAAACUUCUCUAUCCCUUAUCCUAUUAACAAGAUGAAAAAUGAUAAUGCCCUAUGUGACUUAGGAGCUAGUGUAAGCCUAAUUACAUAUUUGGUUUAUCAAAGACUUGAUUUAGGGGCACUCUUAGCUUCCAACAUUACCUUGCAACUAGCCGAUAAGUCAAUCAAGUUUCAAAAAGAUAAAGUGGAAGAUGUUCCAUUGAGGGUUGGGAAGUUUAUGAUCCUGGUGGAUUUUUUUGUACUUGAAAUGGAUGAAGAUGCUACCAUUCCUAUCACUCUAGGUAGACCCUUUCUUGCUACCUCGGGUGCUAUGAUUGAUGUCAAGAGUGCAAAGAUUUCGCUUAAGGUAGGAGAUGAGGUCGUAUAA